CCCUGCCAGACCCCCGCACAGCUCCCCCACCACCUCCACCUCCAAGGGGACGUGCUGGGCUCCUGAAAGGCAGCUCAACUAAAAAGUGAGCUAGACACAGUGAGAGACUCGAUAUGGCUGCUGCACAUUCAAAAUAGAGGGAGAGGGAGGGAAGAGAGAGAGAGAGAGAAAAGGAGAGUCAGGGACAGGCAGUGCUGAAAAGGAGAGCACAAAGAGAAGGAAAGUGGAGCAGGGGAGGGGAACAGGAGGCUGGGUGAAGGGAGAGGGAAAGACAAAAGAAGGAGAGGGGAGAAUUAGCAGGGUGAACGGAGGGGCUGAGCAAAUGGCUACGGAGGAGACUGCGGGGGGAGCCAGGAAAGCCACCAAGAGCAAACUGUUUGAGUUCCUGGUCCAUGGAGUGCGUCCUGGCAUGCCGUCUGGAGCGAGAAUGCCCCACCAGGGAGCUCCCAUGGGCCCCCCCGGCCCACCAUAUGGAGGAAGCCCAGCAGUGCGGCCCGGCCUGCCCUCCCCGGUGAUGGAGCCCAGUCGCAAGAGGCCUGCCCCCUCCCAGCAGGUCCAGCAGCAACAGCAGCAGCAGCAGGCAGUCCAGAACCGGGCCAGAAAGAAGCCAGUCGGAUUCCCCGGAGCCAAUGAGAUGCCGGCGAGGCAGAUGGACAUGAGAGAGCCCCAAUCAGAUCCCACGCUCGGAUCAAAUGCUAAGAGAAGGAAAAUGGCAGACAAGAUUCUUCCGCAAAGGAUCCGUGAGCUGGUCCCUGAGUCCCAGGCCUAUAUGGACCUGCUGGCCUUUGAGCGCAAACUGGACCAGACCAUCAUGCGCAAACGUGUGGACAUCCAGGAGGCACUGAAAAGACCAAUGAAGCAAAAGCGUAAACUGAGGCUUUACAUAUCCAACACCUUUAACCCUGCCAGACCCGACGCUGAUGACUCUGAUGGCAGCAUUGCAUCAUGGGAGCUGCGUGUAGAGGGGAAGUUGCUCGAUGAUCCGGGGAAGCAGAAGAAGAAGUUCUCUUCAUUUUUUAAGAGCCUGGUGAUCGAGCUGGACAAAGACCUUUAUGGUCCUGACAACCACUUGGUUGAGUGGCACCGCACGGCCACCACCCAGGAGACAGACGGCUUCCAGGUGAAGAGGCCAGGAGACGUGAGUGUGCGCUGCACUCUGCUACUGAUGCUGGACUACCAGCCUCCCCAAUUUAAGCUAGACCCUCGUCUGGCGCGGCUGCUUGGCAUUCACACUCAGACUCGCUCCUGCAUCAUCCAGGCCCUCUGGCAGUACGUCAAGACCAACAAGCUGCAGGACUCCCAUGACAAGGAGUACAUCAACUGUGACAAGUACUUCCAGCAGAUUUUUGAUUGCCCACGGCUGAAGUUCUCUGAAAUCCCUCAACGUCUCACCAACCUCCUCCUGCCCCCAGACCCCAUCGUCAUCAACCAUGUUAUCAGUGUGGAUCCUAAUGACCAGAAGAAGACAGCAUGCUACGACAUUGACGUGGAAGUGGAAGACCCCCUGAAGAGCCAGAUGAGCAGCUUCCUCCUUUCCACCGCCAACCAGCAGGAAAUCGCCUCACUUGACAACAAGAUCCAUGAGACCAUCGAGUCCAUUAACCAACUGAAGAUCCAGAGGGACUUUAUGCUCAGUUUCUCCAGAGAUCCUAAGGGUUACAUCCAGGACUGGCUCAAAUCCCAGAGCAGAGACCUUAAGUUAAUGACAGACGUAGUGGGGAACCCUGAAGAGGAGAGGAGGGCAGCAUUUUACCACGAGCCUUGGUCCCAGGAGGCUGUUAGCCGCUAUUUCUACUGCAAGAUCCAGCAGAGGAGACAGGAGCUGGAACAGGCAUUAGCUGUUCGCAACACCUAAACCGUGAAUCUCUGCAUCUGAUAUCAGAGCUUUGUGUGUGUUUGGAUGAGGCCAUCAGUAUAGUCUGCUGAAACCUAAUACCUCUAAAAAUGUCAGUAACUUAAAAAACAGUCUUUGUCUUUGUGAAAGCAAUGACACAAAUGAGGUUUCCACAAGCCGGGAGCAAUAUUGUGCAGGACUGUGAGGAAACCAUCGCUAAUCACAUGUAUUCAGCUGCAUGGUCAGCCCUCAGAAGUCACCUUGGACCACUAACAUCCUCUGACUCACAGUCUGAUAAACAAGUUUUGCUCCUCUUCAUCAAUCUCUGCUUCGUAAAUACAUCACUAGCUAACCCCUUUUCUCCUUUUCAAAACAAACUCAACUGACUGCUCACACGGUUUUUGGAUACUCGUCUCAAAAGAGUUUGCUGCUUUGUCCGACAAAAAUGGACGUGACGUAACCCUGUGUCUUAGUCAGUCCUCACAGUCUUUAUACUUCAUGUUGUCAAGUGAUUUUUUGGAUUGGAUUUUUUUGGGGAGGUGUGAUUGUAAGUGUGACUGUGUGUUUUCAAUUGUUCUCAUUAGUUUUUGAAAACACUGAUUAAUUACACCAGCAAAGUCAAGGUUGUGACACAUUUAGUGGUUGCAGGGAAUCAAUGCUAUCUAUAAACCUGAGAUGUUUCAUUCAUUUUCAGGUUUGAGUAAAUCAAUUUGACUGCUACCAAUGUGUCUCACUUAAGUCUUAUUCGCCAGUAAACUGAUUUGUUUUCUUUUUACAGUGAUACCUACAUCAGUAUUAGCUGAGUUAACUGUAAGUAUUAUCACAUUAAUGGAUCCAUGUCUGUUUAUAGGAAAAAUUGUGUUGAUCAUGGUAUUGAUCAUGAUAAUAAGAGCUUGUCUUUCAUUAAUCAUAGAAGAAUUACAAAUGUUCUUAUACAUGUUGAGACUUGUUGACUGAUUUGUUUCGUCAAAGUCAGUCAAUGCCUUUUCCUUGUGUAGUAUUUUUGCCUGUUAUUGGUUUGAAAGUUUUACCAAAGGUUGCAACAAGAAGAAGAGAAUAUGAUCACUGAAAGAAAUCACGAAGAAAUUUAUCAAAAAUUAAGAUCUGGCUUUAGUAGAAAUUGCAAACAUUUUCUUUUUGUGUUGGUUGGUCUAGAAAUAUCCAAACACUUUGAGUCUCAAGUUAAACAAACUCUAAAACUAUUAUUGCAAUUAACAGUUAACAGGGCUUUGUACAUUUCUACACUUUAAUUUUAUUUUUAAAUUUCUUUGUUUUGUUUUCUAGAGAUGUGAAUGUAAAUAUGUUUUUCGCCUUAAGAGGGCCAACUGUACAGUACUCUAUAGAUAUUUUGUGUGUGUUUGAUUUGGGGGAUUUGGUGCAUGAAGGGGGCUCCAUGAGUUUUGAAUUAGUAGAGCAGGAAUGUUAGUGUUCCUCUGUGUCCUAUCUGGGGUUGGGUAUUUUAUUUUAGGUCCAUCUCUUGUGUAUCGUGGGGGCUAGAAGCGGCAACAAGAAAAGUGCUCCCUCACUUUCAAUCCCAUUAGCUGUAACACACGAUAUAACCUGCACCACCUGAUCUUGCUUUACACUACUUUGAAAUGACAUCUAACUCAUAUGUAUAUGAUGUAAUGUCAGGUGGAGGAUUUCUUCUCAGCAGUUUCUAGCUGGAACCUUUCUGGGUUUCUUUGCACUGUGCCGUAACUUUUUGUUGGGACUCCCUUCGUCAUGGGUGAAACCCUCCUUUAUUAUCCCAGCAUACACAAAAAGUGAUUGGAUUAUUUCCCAAAGACCUAUGCAUGCUCCAUGGAAAUCAAUUAAUACAUCUAAUGAGACAGUAUGUGUAAAUGUAUAAAAAGAUGGCAUAGCAUUGUGUGAAGAGCAAAAUAAUCACAUGCAUUGAAAUGCCUUCUGGAAACUUCUUUGCCAAAAAUGAUGUGCCCUACCAGUAACUAACUGUAGGUGUGAUUUUUCUUGACUGUGUUUUUGUUACUAGGUCUAAGUUAUAUUAACUGCACUCUUUAGAGGAGAAACAGUAGUCAGUGGUAGUAUCUUAGUCCUGUGUCUAAUCAAGAGUGUUUUUUCUUUGUAAAGCCAGGGCAUUCACAUUGUUGUCACUGAAUCACAAGCACCCUCUCGUGGAGGAAACUAGAAGCUGUGGCUCAUGUGACCUCAGCAGUGAGCAGCACUGUACCAUGUUAACAGAAUGCUGUCUCCAGUUUCUAAACCCAGGCAUACUGUUCACAUGUUCGUCCCACCUUGCAUGUGUUUCUGAAGAGUAGAGACUGCUUUUUCUCUCAGUUUACACUGUUGUCAGAGGGUCACCGACAGUAAGAUAAUGGUAUACACAAUACUGUAUAUCUGUAAAGAGCAAAACUAGUUUGGUGAUGACAUUCUAUGAAAAGAUGAAAAAGGGGAAAACAGCUGUGACAUUGCGGGACAGCCUGGAUGUAAAUAAAGAAGCGCUUGCCAAAGUUUGUAAAUGCCAUGACAUCUGAUAGGUGUCUUUGUGUCCUCAUCGCCUCUGUGGUAACAUGAUGUUAAAGCUGCAUACAGUGUCAGUAAAAUGUUGCUCAACUCAACAGCUCAACUAAGAGUUAGGAUGAUGUGUGAUAAAUUUGGGAGAAACUAAAAUGGAAAUCCUCUCUUAAACUGAAUAAAUAUUCCCACAAUGUAACUGGGAUGUAAAAGGUGCCAUUAUCUCACAGUAAAAUAAUGGGAGUGACAUUUUUUCAA